AUGUUUUAUGAGUUCAAGAGCUCUAUGAUGCGUGAGUUUGAUAUGACUGAUUUGGGAAAGAUGAGGUAUUUUCUUGGAGUUGAAGUGUUGCAGAAGACUGAUGGCAUUUACAUCAGUAAAAAGAAAUAUGCCUUAGAUGUGUUGAAAAGAUUUGGGAUGGAGGAGAGCAAUUAUGUCCAUAGUUCGAUUGUUACAGGUUUUAAAGUCUUCAAAGACGAAAAUGGAGUCAAUGUUGAUGCAACAUUCUUCAAGCAAAUGGGAGGGAAUGAUAAAUUGGUUGCCUUUAUUGAUAGUGACUAUGCCGGCGAUUUGGAGGAUAGGAAAAACACAUCAGGGUAUGUAUUCAUGUUGAGUUCCGGAGCUGUGUCUUGGUCCUCUAGAAAUCAGCUUGUUGUUUCACUCUCCACAAUUGAAGCUGAAUUCAUAGCCACAACAUCCUGUGCAUGUCAAGCUGUUUGGAUGAGGAGAAUCUUGGAGAAGCUCAGUCAUACACAAGCAACAAGAGAGAUGAGAACUGAAGGGAAUUUUGUGCAACCUGCUAUUCCUCGAUUUGAUGGUCAUUACGAUCCUUGGAGCAUGUUGAUGGAAAUUUUUUUAAGAUCUAAGGAGUACUGGAGUCUUGUGGAGACUGGUUAUGUUGAGCCAGAAAGCGGAGCAGUAUUGACAGAGGUGCAACAAAAGAAGCUUGAUGAGAUGAAGCUGAAAGACUUGAAGGUGAAAAAUUAUUUGUUUCAAGCUAUUGAUCGAACGAUUCUAGAAACCAUCUGA